UACUGACUAUAUAGUGAAGCUGUGAUUUGAGUGAGGUGGAUCAGUUUGUAAAACCCUCGCCUUGCCUCUCCGAUACAUUGGAUCAGACGGUUAUAAAGCAAGAUGAAAGUCAUCCUGAGUUAUGGGAUCAUAUUGUUGCUUCUCACUGGCUGUCACACAAAUGACAUAUUUCUACAGAAAUCUGCAGCCUUGCAGCUCCUGUCUCGGGCCCGCAGAGCUAACAGUUUUGGAGAGGAGAUAAGAGGUGGGAAUCUGGAACGAGAGUGCUUGGAAGAAAUGUGCUCAAAGGAAGAAGCCCGAGAAAUUUUUGAAGAUGAUACUAAAACAGAAAAAUUCUACAAGGAUUACCUCCUCUCUAAAAAAAUUGCUGCUUUUCUGCAACAUGGACAGGAAAUCCUUAAAAAGCAAAAGCAAAUUAAUGCACUUCAAAAAAAGCUCAAAGAAGAGAAGCAGGAAAUCUAUAACUUAGAAAGUAAAAUCCUGGAAAAAUUAAGAAAUUGCAUUGUAGUAAAUAAUGUUGAAAGUUCUGUUCUGUAAUGGGCAGGCAAAGAAUGCGGACAGACUAAAUUCAUUGCAUCUUUGGAGCCUGGAAUGGAGUCAAAGAUUCAUCCAGCACAGAAACAGGCCCUUCGGCCCACCUUGUCCAUGCCGACCUUUUUGCCAUCUACUCUAAUCCCGUUUGCCCCCAUUAGGUCUGCCUCCUUCUAUGCCUUGCCUAUUUAAAUGUCUGUCUAAAUGCUUCUUGAUCAUAGUAAUUGUAUCUGAUGUGAGCUAACUGUUCAGCCUGAAGCUAAGAAUGAUAUUUGAUGUGAUUUUUAAUAAAAUGUAUAUUGAUGGAAAUUUAAAA